ACAAGCCUAACUCUUCAAAAGCAGAGCAAAUGCAGCAUGUUGUGUCAAGAAAGAAGACAAUGAAAACAAUGAUUGUUUUGAUGAAAGAUGAAUGUACUGUAGGUGUAGCGGCACCCCUCCCCUGUAUGUGUCUCAAUCGGAUCAACUCGGCCGAAUGAACGGGAUUUGCAUUUCUGGCAGCUGGACUCUGUGAAGGAUGCCCUCAUUUGGCAGAACAGAAUUGCUGCUGAUUCUACUUUCUUUUGUUAUCUUCAGUGGGAUGAGCUUCCUCUGGAUCACCCCCAACUUUACGGUAGAGAAAUUGAUUGUCACCCCAAAGAAAAAGUGGACCCCUCCUACUGGUCUAGUUAAGCCUCCGGCUUCCUGCACAUGCCCAGCGAAGUCAUUCGAUCUGGCAGGGAGCAUUCCUACUGCCAACCGAGCGAACAUUCAGAAACGACGGGCAGAGGAGUACAAGAAGCACCAGGCGAGAUGCCCUCAUUUGGCAGAACAGAAUUGCUGCUGGUUCUACUUUCUUUUGUUAUCUUCAGUGGGAUGAGAUUCCUCUGGAAGUCUUCCAACUUUACGGUAGAGAAAUUGAUAGUCACCCCAAAGAAAAUGUGGACCCCUCCUACUGGUCUAGUUAAGCCUCUGGCUUCCUGCACAUGCCCAGCGAAGUCAUUCGAUCUGGCAGGGAGCAUUCCUACUGCCAACCGAGCAGACAUUCAGAAACGACGGGCAGAGGAGUACAAGAAGCACCAGGCGAGAACAAGCUCCAUUUUGAACGCACUCCUCUUUGCUCAAUCCAACUCUCCACUGCAGUAUCCCAUUCAGGGUUUCACAGUACGCCCCUUGGUCCCCACUCUUAUUCCAGGUUUAGCGUUGCACGGGGUUCAAAGAAGCGGCUACAAGGUAUCACUACUGGUCACCAAGGGUGUCCUCUGUCUAGGGAGCCCAAGUGACGUACCGAGUGUGGAAGGUGGAAAGAAAUGGCUGAACUUGGAGACGCUCAGCUUAGAGGAACUCAACAAACUACUGGCGGAUGUCACCUACACCCUCCCUGUGUACCACAUACACACCGGAGACCUGGUUCACUUUUCGUUUGAGCAUCAUGAAGCUGUGUUCCCAAUCGCUAUUCGGCAACCAUCCGUACCUGUGCUUUUCGACAUGGGAACAAACGUUAGCGACCAAGUGACAGUCACCACCAAGACCUUUAUGCGCUACAAGGAGUUGAAGGUACUCAUAAGAAGCCUAAGACAAUUCUACAAAGACGUGGUGCUUGUUGUGGCCGAUGACAGCUUUACUCCAGAAAACAUCACAGAAGAAAAUGUUCUGCAAUACGUCAUGCCUGGGGGACAGGGCUGGUUUGCUGGCAGAACCCUGGCUGUCUCUCAAGUCACAACCAAGUACUUUCUUUGGGUGGAUGACGACUUUCUAUUCACUGAGAAAACAAAGAUAGAGGAUCUGGUGGAGGUGAUGGAGGCAACACCAGAGUUGGAUGUGGUUGGGGGUUCAGUUACUGGAAACCAGUUCUACUUCUCCAUCGCCUAUGAGGAAGGCGAUGGAGUCACUGGAGGCUGUAUGGACAGGAAGCCCAACAUAAAGUUCCAAUCACUACCAAAUUACCCACAAUGCUCCAUAGUCAAUGGGGUGGUCAACUUCUUCCUGGCUCGUACCGAUGCUGUAAAUCGAGUGAGAUUUGACCCCAAGCUGAAGAGAGUGGCACAUUCAGAAUUCUUCAUGGAUGGUCUUGGCCAAUUGAUGGUUGCUUCGUGUGGCCAUGUUUCCAUUGGCCAUCAGCCGAGAGGGGCCAAUGCUCAAUAUGGUCGGUUCAGACACCCCGGGAAGGAUGAUGUGCAGUUUAAACUACAGCUGCACUACUACAAAAACCAUCUACAAUGUAUCCACUACGGAUAGGAAGAAUCCUGACAGAUCCAUUCGCUAUAAGAGGAGGUCAUCUUCCAGUAUUAUGUACGGCUAAAUCCUUUUCAGGGUUAGGUUUAGGUAAGGGUAUAAAUAAAUUAAUAAAUUAAUAAAUAAAUAAAUAUACACAUAAAUAUGUGUCAUUCAGCAAAUACCUGUAGAAAAGUGACAAGGUGCGGGUUUAAAGCUGUAGUAUGUAACCUUGUUUUUUAAUUAGAAUGUAUGACUUAUUUGUAAGACUUAUUUGAACCUUCUCUUUCUAACUUCAAAUAAAAGAACAAUAUGAUGUUCAAUAAGGUCUCCCCUAAAUA